CCCAGACAGCAUGCAUAUCCCGCAGUAUACAUCCUGUUGUGUUCAAAAUAGAAAAAGAAGAUUAUCCUUCUCUUCUCACGAGAAGAAUUUUGAAGAUAGAUCCGAGGAUCGAACCCUGAUAUCUCCUGUAACUCCGCCCUGCUCAAGUUCUGAAAUCUAUCCUGAUUCUCCUGCAUCAGUUCUAUCCUAUACCGAGGACUCUGAUUACGAAGAGGAACCUAUGUCUAAGGUUCCAAGAUAUAUCGGAACUAUUUAUGAGGAACGGCUUGCUCCCCUCAGUCCUGUCACUUCCCUCCCCGUUCCAGUUUAUGUCGGAGCAGGACACGGAAACUCAAAGAACAAUAUACUUCAAGUUAAACUUUUAGAAUUAAUAAAUCUUGGAGAGGAAACCGUUCUAGACGAAUUCCUAGAGGAGAACGGGAAACAUGUUGAUAUAAACCAAUACAGUGAGGAUGGAGUUACUCCUCUACAGUUAGUUUGUCAAGAGGGAAGAAAGGUUUCUAUAGCCCGAGUUCUUGUCAAGUACGGAGCUGAUCUUAAACUUACAUCACGGGACGGAUGGUCUCCAAUUCAUAUGGCAACCUUUUCCGGAAACCUGCAGCUGAUGAAUUUCAUCCGAAAUUGUCCAAAAUGAAGAAAAUUACAAUUUCCUUAUAAUUCAUCUCCUGAUUAGUCAGUUAUUCAGUCUUGUCAUUUAUUUCACGAUUAUACAUUCAGAUCUUUAAAUAUAUUAUAUAUUCAUAUACAUAUUCA